AUGCCAGGGGUGAAGCACAGAUUCUGUUGUAUGCAUAUGUGGAGAAAUCUGAACAAGAGAUGGAAGAAUAAGGAACUUAAGGCAACAUUUUGGCAAUGUGCAAAGGCAACUACUGAUCAGGAAUUUAAUGAUGCAAUGGGAGCUGUGAAACGGAUCAAUAAACAGGCCUGGGAGUAUUUGUCAAAAUUUGAACAAGAACAGUGGUCGAGAUCAAGGUUUUCAGACUGGCCAACGGUAGACAGUUUGACAAGCAACAACUGUGAGUCAUUUAACUCAACAAUCGUGGGACUUCGGGGGAAGAGCAUCUUAACAAUGCUUGAGGAGCUUAGGUUCUACAUCAUGAAGACAAUGGCAACUCACAAAGACUCACUGAUGGCUUAUACUGGACAAAUAGCCCCUGUACAAGUCAGUAGGUUAGAGAAAGAAAAAAGACAAGCUAAUUACUGGGAAGCACAAUGGUGUGGUGAUGAUGAGCACAAUCAGUUUGAAGUAACAAAAUGGCAGCAUAGAGUGAGAGUCAAUACACGAGAGAGGACAUGCUCAUGCAAAAAAUGGCAGCUCACUGGACUAACAUGCUAUCAUGGGAUUGCAGCAAUUCAAAGAAAGAAUGAGAAACCUGAAGACUAUGUCCAUCACAAGCUCACUAUCGAGGCUUAUAAUAGGACUUAUAUGUUUCACAUUAAUAGCAUACCGAGUCAGGAGUACUGGGAGCAUCACAAAGGGCUGCCAUGUCUGCCCCCUCCAUACAAGAGGCCUAUUGGCAGACCUACAAAGAAGAGAAGAAAGGAUAGCACUGAGCAAAGUUCUGACAGCCAAUACAAGGCCAAGAGAAGAUAUGGACAGAUAACAUGCCAAACCUGCAAAAGGGCUGGACAUAAUAGCAGAACUUGUUCUGACAAAGCAAGUGGAACAGCAGCUGAAGAACCAGAUCUUGAUGAGGAUGAAGCUAGGGAGCAAGAAGCUAACUGGGAGGAGACCAUGGAGGCUGCACACGCUGCACAUGUUGCAGAUGAGGAAGAGCUCACUCAAAACCAUCCACAAACUCAGCAUGAUCAGGUAAAUGUUAAUGAUUUAUUUUACCUUCUUAUACUAAACUGUUGGAUCUGUCUCCAUAGAAGAUUUGAUUUCAUGAAUGCACAAACUGAUGCAGAAUAA